AUUUAUUUAUUUUAACAAACUAACUUUUAAAAUUGGCCCUUUUUGCUCCUUCCAACGACUCCUCCAGACCCGUACUUCGUCCUUCUGAUCCAUUACCUUUCAUCAUCAUCAUCAUCAUCAACUUCUUUUUUCUUCAUAUCAUCUAGGGUUCCGAAGAGUUGAAGAGAGAAACCUAUGGACUUGGCCUGUGUAAAUUGCAGAUACCCCAUUAAUCAAUUCAAAUACAGAGGUCGGGCAAUUUCAAGCCAUCAUCAUGCGACGUUACGAGCUCCAUCUUCUUUCUAUUCCUUCCCUGGAAAAAUUAGUAGUAGUAGAAGAGAAAGAAGUAAAUGUUUCUUACGGAUUUCAAAUUUCGCGGCUUUCGUAACUCAGAGUUCUACCAAUGGUGCUAUAACGAGAAUAUCUACGGCCAGCGGUGCAGGAUCACUGCUGGGCAAGUCGAGCGCCGCCAUGGAGCAGCUUGACAUCGAGCGUGGCGUUUGUAUACCGUUUCGCAAGUACACUCCCGAGACAGUGAGGAAUAAGGUGUUGGAAUCUAGAGGAGCUGUUGUAUCAUUAAUUCUUCGAGGUGUGGAGAUUGUGUGGAGUUUGGGCUUUUACUGGUCUACGUUGAUGUAUGAUUUCUUGGUUGGAAGGGAUGAAGAGGUUGUCCCAUUUCGUGCUCGGCAGCUUAGGAAUCUCUUAUGUGAUUUGGGACCUUCUUUCAUCAAAGCUGGUCAGGUUCUUGCAAAUAGACCCGAUAUUAUUAGAGAAGAUUACAUGAAUGAACUUUGCAUCCUUCAAGAUGAUGUUCCUCCUUUCCCUAAUCAGGUUGCUUUCAACAUUAUAGAAGAGGAAUUGGGUCAGCCUCUUGAAGCUAUAUUCAGUAAAAUCUCAUCUCAGACAAUAGCAGCAGCAAGUUUGGGUCAAGUUUAUCGAGCUACAUUACGUAGCACUGGUCAGGAUGUUGCUAUUAAGGUGCAAAGGCCAGGGAUAGAGCCUAUAAUAUAUCGAGAUCUUUUUCUUUUCCGUACUCUGGCUUCAUUCUUGAAUGGCUUUAGUCUACAGAAACUGGGCUGCAAUGCUGAGCUGAUAGUUGAUGAAUUUGGUGAGAAGCUUUUGGAGGAACUUGAUUAUACUUUGGAAGCACGUAAUAUAGAAGACUUUAUUGAGAAUUUCAAAAAUGAUCCUACUGUCAAAAUCCCUCUGGUUUACAAACAGUUAUCCGGUCGACGAGUUUUAGUAAUGGAAUGGAUUGAUGGUAUUCGGUGCACUGAUCCACAGGCUAUUAAAGAAGCUGGCAUUGAUUUAGAUGGGUUUUUAACUGUUGGUGUAAGUGCUGCUUUACGGCAACUACUAGAGUUUGGACUAUUUCAUGGAGAUCCACAUCCUGGAAAUAUUUUUGCUAUGCAAGAUGGGCGUAUUGCAUAUGUCGACUUUGGGAAUGUUGCGGUGCUUAGUCAGCAAAAUAAACAGAUUCUGAUUGAUGCUGUUGUUCAUGCUGUAAAUGAGGACUAUGCUGAGAUGGCAAAUGACUUCACCCGGCUAGGCUUUUUGGCUCCUGGAACUGAUGUCGCUCCCAUUAUUCCUGCUUUAGAAGCAAUCUGGCAGAACUCUUCUGGAAAAGGACUCUCUGACUUUAAUUUCCGAAGUGUUACGGGGAAAUUUAAUCAAUUAGUCUAUAAUUAUCCCAUCCGUAUCCCAGAGAGGUUUUCUCUUGUUAUUCGUUCUUUAUUGACUCAAGAGGGCAUCUGUUUCACUUUGGAGCCAAACUUCAAGUUUCUCGAGGUGGCCUAUCCAUACGUGGCAAAGCGGCUUCUAACGGAUCCAAAUCCUGCUCUACGAGAACGCCUCAUACAGGUCCUUUUUAAAGAUGGCCUUUUCCAGUGGAAGCGGCUCGAGAACCUCAUCACUCUUGCCAAAGAAAACGUGGCCAAGAUGAGCAGCAACCCCGCCUUGCAAGUGAAGGGCCUGCAAACAUUUGAAAAAAAAUUGGACCUCACGGACACCAUGAAAGACGGAGCUCGUCUAUUCAUUAUCGAUGAAGGAAUCCGUCGACAACUUCUUCUUGCCUUGACUGAAGACUCAAAGCUUCACAUUCAGGAGCUUGUGGACGUAUACAGGCUUAUUCAAGAUGAGAUAGACGUACAAAAUGUAGCUUUGGAAGUUGUAAGAGACUUCCCAACUGUUGUUAGAGAUCUCAUGCUUUCUUGGAGUGAGUCGGUUUUGUCAGAUAGAUAGUUCUUGAGAAGCUUCAGGAAAAAACGACACCCAGUUUUACUAUCAGUUCAGCGGAAGAAAAGUUAGAUUAUAUGACAACUAAUUUUUCGUAUAGUUUUCAUAGAACGACAGCCUGAUGUUUAUCGUCGUAGUUAUAGAAAUGUGUAGAUAUUAUCUAUCUAUAUUCGGGAAAGUGUAAAGUUAGACAACAUUUGCUAUUUUGCUUUGCUGCAUGUAGUAUAGACACACCAUUAUAUAAAUAUAUAUAUAUAUAUAGGGAAUUUACUUA